UUGUGCAGACACUGGGUAUAAAGCAGCAUAUGACUCCCCAGCACCGGGCGGUGAUGAAUUGGGACGCAGGCGCGGACCCAGGGACCACUCCCCCUCCACAGACAUGAGACCAUAGGGGACCUGUCUGGGUGGCCUCAGGGAUAGGCGCUCCCCAAGGUGUGAAUGAGGCAGGAUGAACUGGACAGGUUUGUACACGUUGCUCAGUGGUGUGAACCGGCAUUCCACCGCCAUCGGCCGAGUGUGGCUCUCGGUCAUCUUCAUCUUCCGAAUCAUGGUGCUGGUGGUGGCUGCCGAGAGCGUGUGGGGUGACGAGAAGUCCUCCUUCAUCUGCAACACCCUCCAGCCCGGCUGCAACAGCGUCUGCUACGACCACUUUUUCCCCAUUUCCCAUGUGCGCCUGUGGUCCUUGCAGCUCAUCUUGGUUUCCACCCCAGCUCUCCUCGUGGCCAUGCAUGUGGCUCACCAGCAGCACAUAGAGAAGAAAAUGCUGCGGCUUGAGGGACACGGGGACCCCCUGCACCUGGAGGAGGUGAAGAGGCACAAGGUCCACAUCUCGGGGACACUGUGGUGGACCUAUGUCAUCAGCGUGGUGUUCCGGCUGCUGUUCGAGGCUGUCUUCAUGUAUGUCUUUUAUCUGCUCUACCCCGGCUACACCAUGGUGCGGCUGGUCAAGUGUGACACCUACCCCUGCCCCAACACAGUGGACUGCUUUGUGUCCCGCCCCACUGAGAAAACCGUUUUCACCGUGUUCAUGCUGGCCGCCUCGGGCAUCUGCAUCAUCCUCAACGUGGCUGAGGUGGUGUACCUCAUCAUCCGGGCCUGUGCCCGCCGAGCCCAACGCCGCUCCAAUCCCCCCUCCCGCAAGGGCUCGGGCUUUGGCCACCGGCUCUCCCCUGAAUACAAGCAGAAUGAGAUCAACAAGCUGCUGAGCGAGCAGGAUGGCUCCCUGAAAGACAUACUGCGCCGCAGCCCGGGCACUGGGGCCGGGCUGGUUGAGAAGAGCGACCGCUGCUCAGCCUGCUGAGGCCGCCUCGAAGGCCACCUCCCGUCCCACCCCACCCUUCCCAGAGGCCUGCCCCUCCUUCUCUUCCCUGCCAGGGCACAGGCCUCUCUACCUGCCAGGGAUGGAAGGCUCGAGCGAAAUCUUCCCAGCCCCCCUCCUCCUCUUCCCCCAGAGGCCUUUGAUCUGAGGGGCUGGAGGGGUGGGGAGCUGGAAGCCACCUAACCUCAGUGCUCAAGGUUGUUGUGUUGGGGGGAGGAUGUAGGCAGCUCUCCCUCUUCCUGGGACCCCCUGGGGACCAUAAAUGGGAUGCUCUGAUAGUUUCUCCGAUUAUGAAACUAAUCUUAACCCCAUGCUGUCAGAGACCCUAUUUCUGGGGGGUCAUGUCAGCAGAGGAGCGAUGUGGGCAAGUGGCAUGGAGGGAGGGGUGCUGUGGACACACGGGUGGAGGAGGGAGGGUAGCAAGAACAAGCAAAAGGAGGGCAGGUCUGAGGUGGGGGGGUUAGGGACAGGAGGAGCAGGCAGAUAAGUUGGAGUGGGGGUUGGUCAGGGCUGCCUUUGCCUCUAGUCCCCAAGAUUUCUCUCUGCCUGAAAUGUUACACAUUAA